AUGGCCGGAAACAAUUCUGCGGUAAUCCUUGCAGUUUCUUGGACAGAAACAUGCAUUGGGUUAUUCCUUUUCAGCCUUCGAUUCCUGAGUAACUGGAAAUUUGUCGGGCGGUUUAGAUGGGACUUUGCUGUCGCCGGUUUGACGGUGGCAACCGAAGUCGUUGCCCAGAUAUUUCUGCAAUUUUCAGUCAAUGCUGGAAUGGGCCAUCACUUGGAUGAUCUCUCGGACUUGCAGAUAGUUAAAGCACUGCACUGGUCAUGGGUAUUCCAGUUACUGGCAAUAGCUUCCAGUAUGCUGGGAAAGCUUGCGAUUCUCGCCUUCCUUAUCCAGAUUCGUGGUCGUCACGAUACGAAGCCUUGGUUCUUAAUCAUUCUGGGUGUUCUCAUUGGGACAAUCAAUAUCGCUGUUCUUGGAACCAUUCUAGGUCAAUGCAAGCCGAUGCACAAAUUGUGGGAUGACAGUGUUGAAGGAACAUGCGAUCCGGGGCGAAAAAUGAAUCAGAACUAUUCAUUCUUUCAGGCUAGCUUCAACGCAUUUAGCGACGCCUUGUUGGCGUCAUAUCCCAUUCACCUCUUUUGGAAACUCCAGAUGAAAUUGCGGAUCAAGGUCGCCUUGUCUGUCCUCAUGGGAUUGGGUUGGGUAGCCGCAGUCUGCUCCGCUGUCAAGACAUAUGAGCUCAAGGCGUUGACCCAAACAACUGAUAUCACCUACGCUCAAUCCUCCCUCCUUAUCUGGGCCUCGACAGAAGCUUGGAUCGUCAUCAUCGUUGGCUGUAUACCACCCAUUCGGCCACUCAUGGAAAGGGUGAUGCAACGUUUGGGUUUAAGCUCAAAAAAAACGUCGACUCCCUAUCAGUACCGCGACUCGAGCGGACAUGCAGCUUAUGGCACACACAAGUCCAACCUACCGAGCCAUUCACAUUUUCAGUCCAACGCAUUUGGGGGGAGGAAGUCAUUCGAUGACGACCUCGGAUGGAUGGAGCUCACCACAUCUGGUGGAACGAACGGAAGUAAGGAACAUAUUGUCAAUACACAGAAAGAUGUGAUGGUUAGAACUGAGAUUGUCACUCGUUUUGAGGACGCGGAGGGUCAGGGUCCGUCGGGUAGUAAUAUCUCUGAUGAGGAUCUGAUGCGUGAUAGGAAGGAUCAAAAAGUUGUUUAA